GGGAGUCAUGCCACAUAAUUGAAAAUAAGUGAUAAAUAUGCCGCCCGUCGUACAGGUUGUAACUGGAAGUAAUGCGGAAGUGUACAGCGUGCACGUUGUUGACAUUCGUAGUGAUACGGUUUCAAAGCCGACACCUGCGAUGAGACAGGCGAUGGCCAUCGCCGAGGUGGGCGAUGAUGUUAUGGGUGAAGAUCCGACCGUAAGAGAAUUAGAAAGGAGGGCGGCAGCAAUGUUGGGCAAGGAAUCUGCAAUAUUUGUACCGAGUGGCACCAUGGCUAAUUUAAUUGCGAUCAUGGUCCACUGCAAUCAGAGAGGUAGCGAAUUUAUCGCCGGUCACGAAAGUCAUAUUUUUCUCUACGAACAAGGCGGUUCUGCCUCCUUGGCAGGUGCGCAGUGUUCCCUAGUCACAAAUAAUUCCGACGGAACUUUCGACUUAGAUGAAGUUCGAAAAAGGAUAAGAGUCAACACAGAUUUUCAUGAGACCUUCACAUCCCUUAUUCUUGUCGAGAACACCCACAACAUGUGUGGGGGACAGGUUAUUCCACUAUCUUGGCUAGACCAACUUCACUCAAUCACAUCGCUACACAACAUCCCCAUCCACAUGGACGGUGCUCGCCUAAUGAAUGCAGUGAUGCAAAGUAAAGUGCCUGCCAGUCGUAUAGUACGCGACAUGACAUCAGUGUCCUUCUGCUUGAGCAAGAGUUUGGGUUGUCCAAUGGGAUCAAUGCUAUGCGGUUCAGAUAAAUUCAUCUCUCACGCGAGACGCAUACGGAAAUUACUCGGUGGUGGACUGCGGCAAAGCGGUAUAGUGGCCGCCGCAGGUUUGGUCGCAUUUGAUGAGAUGAUCGAUAGACUACAGAUCGACCACGACAACACCUACAAAAUCGCAAAAGGAAUACAUUGCCUUCAAUCCGAACUGAUUAGAGUAGAUCUGGAUAAGGUACAGACUAACAUCUUAAUGGUUCACGUUGCGGAUGAAAGAAUGUCAGCCGAUGACUUUUCCAAACGACUGGCGACUGUUAAAGAGACUGACACUGUCAAAGUGAUUGUUAAAGUAAGCGUUCGGCAUGCGAAAUGUGUUCGAAUAGUUUUGCAUUGGGAAAUUGAUGAAAACGACGUUGAAAAAGCAAUUGAAAAAAUAUACAUGGUUGUUAAGGAGUUUGAAAGUAACUACAUUAGCAGAAAAAUGCAGCGUUUGUGCAUCGCCAGCACCAAAUAGGACCCUUGGAGAAAAACGUUGGCUCGGUACAUCGCACAAUUUUCUCGUCGAUUUAAAAAGUCCUUUACGCAAAUUAAGUACUAAACCACAAAAGCGCUUACUAUACAUUGUAACAUAUCUUUUUCAUUAAAAACAAAAAUAUUUU